AUGUUAAUAUUUAGUGUUAGAAGAGGGGAUAUUUUAUAUAUUUUAAUAAUGUUAUUUUUUUCAAUAUUUUUAACUGUUUACUCUUUGUAUUUAAUUUUGUUUUCUCUAAUUGUAAUAGUAAUUCUUUUUUUCUUUUUUUUUUAUAUAAAAAAUAUAAUUUUUUUAGGGAUUUUAAUGGUUUUACUUUAUUUAAGGAGACUAUUAAUAUUAUUUUCUUAUUCCUCUAUAUUAAAUAGUGUUAAAAUAGUAGAAGAUUUUCAAGAUAAUUAUAGGAAAUUUUUAAUGUUAAUUAUUGUGUCUUAUUUAUCAGUAAAAAGUAUUUAUCACUUUUUACCUUUUUUAGGAUUUAUAAAUAAUAGAAUUAGGUUAAUUAGUAGAUUUAGCUUGUAUUCCUUUAAUUUUUUUUUUUUUGUUAUUAGACUAGUGUUUUUAAUAUUUUUUCUAUGUUUGAGUAUCUAUUUUUGUCUUGAGAAAAUUUACUAG